UUCUUCUCUCUUAGAGAUAUCUUCGUAGAUAGUAAUUCAUUUAUGUUAACACUCUCAGGUAUUUUUCAGGCAGGCAUUUGUCAAUUCUGGUGGCAUUUGGCAAUCUAAGUAAACGGCUAUAGUUCAAGACCAUUCCAGAGACAAGGGCUGAGUAAAUAUUAACGAGCCCCCAUGCUUGCUUGGAACUUGAAAGGACUGCAUGACAUCAGUGAACAAGCUUUUGUCAGUCACAGUCUAGGCCAGAUUAGUCUUAAAGUCCAAGGAAGAAGCAAAGUUCACCUUAGUGCAGAAGUUUCUGUAUGCCUCUCCUGGCAAUUGUUUGCAAGCUUAAGAAAAAGAAAAUGAUGAAGGAGAAAGAGAAAACCAUUGCUAUUGUGAAGGUUUUAGACCCAUCCAAGUUGAAACUGUUAUCUGGUAGCAUUUUGGAUGUGUACAGUGGUGAGCAAGACAUUUCUCCAGUUAAUGCUGGCCUUACGAGUGCUUCUUGCCCAAAUAUUCUACCCAUGAAAAAGGAAAUUGCAGAAACUGACAGUAGAGCUUUGGCGAAAGAGAGACAGAAAAAGGACAAUCACAACCUCAUUGAAAGAAGAAGAAGGUAUAAUAUUAAUUACCGAAUCAAGGAGCUUGGCACUCUUAUUCCAAAGUCUAAUGAUCCUGAUAUGCGCUGGAACAAAGGGACCAUUCUAAAAGCAUCCGUGGAGUACAUCAAGUGGCUACAAAAAGAACAACAGAGAGCUCGGGAGCUAGAACACAGGCAGAAGAAAUUAGAGCACGCUAACCGGCAGCUUAUGCUUCGCAUUCAGGAACUGGAAAUACAAGCGCGUGCUCAUGGCCUGCCCAUGCUGGCUUCACUUGGCACGGCUGACUUCGAUACCCACAUCUCCAGACAGCAGACCCAUCCUGAGAAGAACCCAGGGGGCUAUUGCCAACAACUGACUCCAUCGCAAGGGACAAGCCCGGAGUUCUGUGAACAAGCUGUGGCCUUCUCUGACCCUUUGUCUCACUUCACAGAUUUAUCAUUUAGUGCCGCUUUGAAAGAGGAGCAGCGAUUGGACAGCAUGCUGCUGAGCGAUACAAUAUGCCCCUUUGGAAGAGACCCACUACUCUCUGCCACAUCCCCUGCUAUUUCCAAAGAGAGCAGUAGGAGCAGCCUUAGCUCAGAGGAUGGCGAAGAAUUAUAAGCCAUAAACAGGCUCAAGUUAUCAACCAGGAAGCAACUUCACGCUGGUGCUAUGCAACCAUGAUCUGUGUCUCAUACAUUGUUUUCACGUAAUUCUUUGAAAGGAAAUACAUUG